AUGAGAGCGCUCAGAGCGCUGCCUCGCGCACUCAUAAGCACUGCCUUUGGGUAUCUAGCGCUGUCCGCGGUGAAUUCUUUCAUUGUGGUGAAGACGCCCGCCGCUCACCAUCCUGGCUACUUGGUCGGACGAGCUCCAGGUUCAAGUCGUGGAAGGCCCAUCAGGGCGGUGGCUGAAGCGUCCGCGGAAACCCUUACAGUGGAGAAGCCCACCGAUCCCACUGUGGUCGAGCGGGCAAGGAAGGAGGUUACAGAUAUAACUGACACUGGUCGGCCUGUGGAGAACCGAAAGCUUAGAGCUGCCAUCGAGUCCAUUGAGUUGGAUCAAGAGUCGCUUCGUAUGUCCACUCCGCUGCUUUCCAUGAAGACCAUUCUGGCCGCAGGAAGUGCUGCGGGAUUGUCUGCUUUGGCAACUCUUGCUGCAGCUUCGCCGGAAUUGUUUGUGUGGUUGCCGCCACUGACAACCGUCAUCUUUCUCUAUUCAUCCCUGUCAGAGAGUGCAGCUGGCAGAUACAGAGCAAAGUCCAAGUACAACUACGCGCAAGCUUCCAGAAUUGCUGCCCUGGCCGAGUCGAGCCUGGCUGGGGCAGAAGCACGGACGGUGUUCUUUCCGUUUGGUGUUGGAUUGACCGCAAUCACAGCAGCAGCUUGUGUCAGCUUGAGGAUAUUCAACGAGAAAAUUGGCGAUUUCCUCCCUGAAGGAGAGUCAUUUUCCACUUUGCUUGCAGGGGACAACAUUAUCCUCAUUCUGCUGGCAACAACUUCGGUUGUCGGAGCUGUCCUGACAAGCCUUACCUAUGUGUCGACACGAGCAGCCUUGGUUCUAGAUGAGAGCAUCCAGAGCGCUGCCUUGAGUGACUGGGAAGCAGGCCGACUACCCAAAAGGGCCAAAGAGCCAACACAGGAGGAUGAAAGAAACGUAGUUCUUGCCACCAUCUUCUUCUGUAUCGUGCCGAUUCCGUUUAUUGUGAGCGGAGUCGAUUUCAGCCUGGCAUCGACGAAUCCACUGCUUUUCAACAAGGGCUUGCAGCAGCUUCUGGACGAUGCGUCCGUCGUCAUUUCGGCGUCUGCCGCUGCUCAGGCCGCGGUGGCUUUCUUGCUGGGCGAGAAGGACUUUACGGAUGCAGAACAGCGAUGUGCCAUGCAGUCCAAGCAGGCGGCACUCUCGGAAAUGUUCUGCGCUCAAGCGCAGCAAGAGGCCGCCAUUAUACCUGUGCGAAGUGCCAUGUCCGCUGCAGCGCGUGGUGCUGCUGAUUUGGUGGUUGAAUUUUCGCGGCUGGCAGCCGUGCUAUUUCCGUGGGGAUCUGUUCAGCAAGCGUUUCAGUCGAUAUUGAACACAAAGCUAGUGCGAGUAGAAACUGACGCAGCAACGAAUGAAGCCCGCAUGGUGAAGUACGGCCCCAAAGUAACGCGGAACCGCGGCGCGAUAGACUCGUCCCUGGUUGAGAUUGGCCGUUUGCAGAAGGAAGUUUUCCCAUCUGACAGCGACAUGCGAGAUGAAAUCGCUGGCUUGAAAGUCGGGGAAACGAAGAUCUUCAAGAUCCGGUCCAAGGAGGGUCGCCGAGAGGUUCACCUUACCGCUGCAGAGCUUGGCAUGGUCUCGCAGUCCAAAACGACCCAAAAGAAUCAGAGAGUGGUUGAAGUGAAAAACAUGGGCAGGGAUGCGCUCGCUGAUGAGGAGAUACCGACGCUCGCUGAAUCGCUGGUGGUUGAUGUGCUGGAGCCGGUCAAGAAGGAAGCUCAGACGGGCCUUACCCAAGGCAUACCUCAGGAGUGGUCACCAUGGAUAACUUCUGCUGCCGCGGCUGCUGCAAGCGUGCAGGCGGCUCCGGCAGUGCUGGGCGCCGAUGCUUCGCAGGUCGUCCUGCCGCUGGUCACAGGAGGCAUUGGCCUCCUCACAGUUUGGCAGGAGAGGGUCGGCAGAGAGCAAGUUGCGUAUGCGAAGAAGGAUGCAGCCUUGCUGCAGCAGCGCCAUGCCGAAGCUGAAGCUCUCUGCGGGCUCGCGGCACUUUCAGCAUCCGCGCUCCCAACAUACGUGGCGGUUGCCGCAGUGGCUGGUGGUGUGGCAGCUGUUGGUUUCCUUGGCAAUUUCGGUGGUGCUGUCGGCUGGGCAUGCGAAAUGCCGACCCUCAUCAUCUCCAUGCUGACGCUGGUCCUGGCCCUGGAGCGUCAGGAGCUGGUGGAGAAAUACAUCCUCGGUGCUGCGCGUGUCGUGGGUGGCAAGCCACCACAGAAGGCCUGGUUGAGGGCCCAGCGCCUCUGGCUUCUGAUCCCAGUCUUGGUGAUGCUGCUACCGGAGACGUUGAUCCGACGCUGCUGUGCCGCCAAUGCCUUGAUCACUGCAGAGCUGGGCUUUGUCUUGGCUAACUGCGCACGUCAGUUGUCCUUCGGCGAGUACUAUGCAGCGCGAACGCGCCGCGUUCACUCGCGAACCGAUGCAUGGGCACAAGUCGCAACCGCUUGCUCGCGCAGCCUGCCAUUGACAAGUGCUCUGGCAUUGACGAACACGCUGAUUUCAACAACUUUGGGAGCUGUCAGUGUUUCCUUCGGUGGCAUCUUCCCAAUUUUUGGUCUUGCCGUGUGUAUCAGGGCUGUUCAGAAGGCCGUUGAAUCGCGAGAAAGUGCAGUCCUCACGCGCAAAGAGGGCAGGGAUGCUCAGCAACUUGGCCAAACUUUCCCUCCCUAUUCGAAACUGGACGUGAAGGACGACGAGCUUGUCUUCGAAUCUCCGACGGUGGGGAAGCGGAUUCGAGAGGAUCUGAAGAUGCUCACUCCGAACAAGCUCCGAAGUGGAUUCGGCAGAUUGGUGAAAGGCUUCAUGCGGAUCUUCUCCGAAACUAAGCCGGAGAAGGAGUUCGCAGACUCUCCUGCCACGAAGGUGGUGAAGAGGGUGCAGGCAGACCUUGAGGAGCUUCGGGUCACAGUUCGAGGAAACGAGCAGGGCUGGCUUCGAGUCGGCUCUGUGGUGGGAAUUCUGACCGGCGCCUCCAUCUUGGCCCCCUUCUUGCUCUCUGAGCUCCUAACGGAGGUCAUCGUGCCCUUGGCCGGCACCGUGCUGACGGUCUUCGUCGUCUUCGCGGAGAGUGAAGCAAGGUCAUCUGUCGCGCAGGCGAAGGUCCACGCAGCGCAGCUGAACGAGCAAAUGUCCACCAUGGAGGAGCUUGUUAGCAUCAGUUCGCUCUGGAAGUCGUAUCUCAUGGCCAUGGUCGGCAUUGCAGACUGCAAUGCCAUACUCGGCUUGGUCCUACACUCCAAGUGGAACGCGGUGAAGUGGCAUUCUGUGCUGAUCUACGUGCAGAAUGGUGCGCAGCUCCUGGUUGCCUUCUCAUCCAUCGUCAUUACUGCGCUGGCUGCAAGACGUAUGCUUCAAGUGCGGGAGUGGGCACGAAGCGUGGAGAAGAUUGCCGCGGACAACUUCGAUGCGAAGAUGCUAUCAGGCAUCCGGCAGACCUCUCCCAUGGCGGUGGAUGCUGGUGGUGGCGUCUACCCUUUGUCCAAGCGCCAGAAGCUCUUCGUGAUGCUUGCAGCAGUGUUGCCUCCCCUCCUGCUUCUGGUCUUCCCGAUGGGGGAAGAGCUGGGCGAAAAAUGUGUGGAUGCAAGCGGAGCAGCUGCCUUGGUGGUGGCUUUGACCAUGGUUCAAGCUGAAAGGAUAUCGUGCCAGGCAGAAAGGACAACAGCCUCUUGCAAGCGUGCUGCAUCCCUGUGUGAAGCCUUUGCCAACCGAGCGGAGCAGCAAGGCGCCUUGUUGCCAUUCAACUCGGCCGUAGCUAUCGCGAUUGCAGGCGUUAUUACGUUCGUGACAGAGCUGAGCCCAGUCACCGCGGCAGCACUGACGGUCUUUCAGGCCAUGAGCUGGUUGGUUGCAUCACGAAAGGGAGUUGCCGCGAAAUUCGAGAGCCGAGCAAGCUUGCAGGUGCGCUCUCGCUUCUCCUUGCGUGGUAUUUCAGCCGCCACUGGCACCAUGGGGCAACGCUUCAAAAGCUUCAUCAUAAGCUGA